AUGGAGGGUAAUUCCUUAAGUACCCCUGCAAUACAAGAUACAAUUACCGAUACACCUGGCGGUAACCUUAACUUGAAUGCAACCACUACUGAUACGGAGCAAAAUAUUAGUAGCCCGGAUAAUGGUGAUGAAAAUCAAAAUCCGAUUCAAAAGCAAAAAAGAGCAAGGACUUUAGUGGCAUGGUCGGAGUUCAAGGAGGUGGUACUCCUUAAUGGCACCAAAAAGGUUGAGUGUAUCCAUUGCAAAGUCAAGUUGUGCAUUCAUGCCAUCAGAAGCACCACCCAGUUCAAUAGACAUUUAAGCUGGUGUUUAAGGAGAAAAGCUUCCAUGAGGCAACAACAUAUUAGUUUUCUGAUUGCCGUUGUGGAGGAAGAGGGCUUGAACAAUAUGAUGAAGUAUGGGAUUCCUGGAUGGACUCCGGUUUCUCGCCACACUUGUAAAAAAGAUUGUAUGAUGGUAUAUGAAAGUGAGAAGGCCAAAUUGAAGACUUUGUUGAAGACUGUGACAAAAAUCAGUUUGACUACAGACUUAUGGAAUUCAGGGAAUCAAAAGAUGGAGUACAUGGUGUUGACCGGGCAUUGGAUAGAUAGUAGUUGGAGGCUGAAUAGACCUAUCCUCAACUUUGUUUGUCUACCUCCUCCCCAGACUGGUAUUGCGAUUGCGGAUGGCAUUUUCAAGUGCCUAAUGGGAUGGGGAAUUGAAAAUAAGGUAUAUACUAUUUAUGUGGAUAAUGCUUUAAGCAAUGAUGUUGCGAUUAAGGUUUUGAAAGAAAAUUUUGAAGUUUCGGGGAAACUCCUUUGUGGAGGUAAACUGUUUCAUGUGAGAUGUUGCGCACACAUCUUGAACCUGAUUGUUCAAGAUGGACUUCAUCAAAUUAGGCAUAUCAUUGACGACAUCUAUGAGAGUGUGUUGUAUAUCAAUAGUUCCGAAAGCAGACUCAAGGUUUUUCCAAGAGUGAAAGAGAGGGAUAUCAAUUAUCAUAAUAAUCCGAGUGACGAGGAUUGGGAGAAAGUGGAGAAAGUUUGUGAAGUUUUGAAAGUAUUCAAUGGUUCAACCAAACUCAUUUCAGGAAGUGAUUAUCCAACGUCUAAUUUAUUCUUGAAGGAGGUGUGUGCAGUGAAAUGUAUGUUGGAUAGUAAAAGUGAAUCUGAAGAUGAUUUUAUUAGAGUAAUUGUUAGGAAAAUGAAACAUAAGUUUGAUAAAUAUUGGGGGGAAUGUAAUAUGUUGAUGUCUGUGGCUGCUAUAUUGGAUCCUCGGUUGAAAAUGAGGGUUAUUCAGUGGGCAUUCCCUAAGAUGUAUUCAGAGGCAGAAGGACGGGAACAUAUGAUGAUGGUCCGGGAUGCAUUGUAUGAGUUAUAUGGGGAGUAUGUUCAAGCUAACCAAGGUGUGACUAUCGCCCGUGCUUCUACAUCACAAAGGGAUGGACAUGGAGCCAUUGGUGAGGUGGCUGCGGUUGAGGGAGCCGAGGCCUGGGAUGAUUUUACCACUUUUCUGGAUGUGGUUGAAACUGUUGAGCCUAGUCAGUCUGAGUUGGACUGUUAUUUGGGAGAGGGAUGCCAUAAGUGUGUGGGAGAUCAUGACUCAUUCGAUGCCUUACAGUGGUGGAAGGCAAAUUCAACCAAGUUUCCUGUAUUAUCUACGAUGGCUCGAGAGAUACUAGCCAUCCCGAUCACUAUGGUUGCUUCAGAGUCUGCAUUCAGUGCUGGUAGUAGGGUUAUUGAUAGUUACCGAGCUUCUUUGUCACCAGCUACGGUGGAGAUGUUGUUAUGUGGAUGUGAUUGGUGUCGCACUUUGAAUGAAGUGAAGAAAGGGUGCAGAAAAGAGGAGGAUGAGGAUCACUUGGAGAUUCAGCUUCCUAUUCUAUCAGGUGAUGGGAGUCAGCAGAUUGGUUGA